CUGCCAUUAACAGUAAACGUAGAGUGGAAGUACUUAGAACUCUGAAAGUAUUACCUGAUUUGGAGCAUAAUUCACAUUUAAAGAGCACAUGGCUUCAACAAGUAAAGCGCCGUUACAUACCAGGAAUUUACCAUGGGUAGAAAAAUACAGACCACAGAAACUUGAUGAUCUGAUCUCACACAGAGAUAUUCUAAGCACCAUCCAGAGGUUUAUUAGUGAGGACAAGCUUCCCCACCUCUUGUUCUAUGGCCCCCCUGGUACAGGCAAAACCUCCACCAUCCUCGCCUGUGCCAGGCAGCUGUACAAGGACAGAGAGUUCAACUCCAUGGUGUUGGAGCUAAACGCAUCAGAUGACAGAGGUAUUGAUGUUGUACGAGGUCCCAUUCUGAGCUUUGCCAGCACCAGGACCAUCUUCAAGAAGGGUUUCAAGUUGGUGAUACUGGACGAGGCCGAUGCCAUGACCCAGGAUGCCCAGAAUGCAUUGCGGCGAGUGAUUGAGAAGUUUACAGAAAACACUCGAUUCUGCCUGAUCUGCAACUACCUGUCCAAGAUCAUCCCGGCUGUGCAGUCUCGCUGCACCAGGUUUCGUUUCGGCCCGCUGUCGCCGGAUCAAAUGAUCCCUCGGCUGGAGCAUGUGAUCCAGCAGGAGAGCAUUGACGUAACUCCAGAUGGAAUGAAGGCCAUCGUGACCUUAUCAUCAGGUGAUAUGAGACGAUCGCUCAACAUACUACAGAGCACCAGUAUGGCGUACGGGAAGGUCACAGAGGACACAGUGUACACCUGCACAGGUCACCCCCUCCGCUCAGAUAUAGCCAACAUCCUCGACUGGUCCCUCAACAAAGACUUCACCACGGCAUACAAGCAAAUCCUCCAGCUCAAGACUUUGAAAGGUUUGGCCCUGCAUGAUAUCCUCACUGAGGUUCAUCUGCUCAUACACAGAGUGGACUUUCCUCCAGCUAUUCGGAUCGGUCUGCUCAUCAAGUUGGCCGACAUUGAACACAGGCUCGCCUCGGGAACCGAUGAGAAGAUCCAGCUGAGCUCCAUGGUUGCAGCUUUCCAGGCAGUGCGAGACCUUGUGGUCAGCGAGGCCUCAUAGAUGCAAGAACCGUUUCACCCACGGCCAAGAGAGAAAUUUAUUCACUAACUCUUGGGUACUUCCGCUCGUACCGCAAAGAAAAUACAGCUACAUCCAGAGUCCAGGCGAUAUUUUUGCAUAACCGUUAUUCCUCUAAAAGAGAAAUUGGUCUUUGAUUUCCUACUUUGCCAUCCUGCUGCCUCGGUCAGUAUAACAACCCCUUUCUGGAAGUGUGUGUAUGCAGUUCACUCACUCAUUUCCCUCCCUGUGGCUGUGGUGUGCAACGAUGCCACAAAGACCUGAGAACAGGUAAACUUUCAACUCAACCCUUUCCUGAUGAGAAGCCAGUGAAAUCACUCGAGUUUGUUUAUUUCGAGAGAAAACAGAUGCCCUCAAGUGUCCACGGCAUGAUUGCCCACCACUGCUCCACAGAGUUGAUGUACAGUGCAGACACAAAUGCUCGUAGCUAUCUGAGUCACUCACAUCUGCAUACAAACUGAGCAAGUUUGUAUCUCUAGCACCAAAAAAAAAAGAUCUCUUUGGACA